AUGUCAAUAGAUAUAAAUGGAAAAGUUAUUGUUGUUACCGGCAGCGCCGGUGGACUGGGUUUGGCAAUGGUAGACAAUUUUUUAAAGCAGGGAGCAAAGUUUGCUAUUAUGUUAGAUGUGAAUGAAAAACUUGGGUUAAAGAGCUCAACCGAAUUAAAGCAAAAAUAUGGUGCUGAUCGAGUAACUUUUACUAUGUGUGAUGUCACUAAAGACCUUGACAAAAUUUAUAAGGAGAUAACAAAAGUGUUUACAACAGUUGAUGUCUUAAUAAAUAAUGCUGGUGUGUUAGAUGAGAAGAACAUCAGGCGCACAAUGGAAAUAAAUACAAUCGCUGUCAUGGAAUGGACAAUGAAGUUUUACGAUUUAAUGAGAAAAGAUUUCCAUGGCAAUGGUGGAACAAUUAUAAAUGUGUCAUCUAUUUUCGGAUUUGAAUCUUUUCCGUUCUCAUAUACUUAUGGUGCAUCGAAAGCUGCCGUGCUUGCAUUUUCAAGGUCACUUGGUCAGAAGUAUAACUACGAUAAAUCUGGUGUACGGGUGAUCACGUUAUGUCCAGGUUUGACGCGUACAGCACUUCCCAUGAAUGGAAAUGUAAGAGAUGAUGAUACUUAUGAUGAUUUGCGCAAAUGGACUAAACAUAAAUACCAAUGGCAAAAUGCUGAUGACGUAGGAAAAGCUGUAGCAAAUAUAUUUACCAAAGCACACAGCGGUACCGUAUGGGUUGUAGAAGAAGGGAAGACAGCAGAAAAAAAAUAUAUACAAUAG